CGCUACAGCAUGGUCGCGCCUCCGCUCGGCGUCUCGCUGCGCUAUUUCCAGCACCUCAUUACGCAGUGCGGCGGCCGCCACAAACUCCAUGGUCUCACCACCGCCCAAGUCUGCUUCGACUACAUUGUGCCGCUGACCAAGUCCACGGAGCUCUCGCUCGUCGACCAUCUCGCCAACGACGCGUCUACGAGCCACUUUGUGUCUGAAGCCAACUGGUACAUCUCGCACGCGUGGAGCUACCAAUUCUUGGAGACCGUCGACAGCCUCGAGGCUUUCUUCGCCAACCACAGCUUGGCUCACGAGGCGGUCCUGUGGUUUUGCGUCUUCAACAACAACCAGCACCUCGCGCACUCGUACCCGUUCGAGUACUGGUCGAUGACGUUCAAGACGCAGCUCGCAGCCAUCGGCAACGUCGUCAUGAUCAUGCACCCGUGGAACGACCCCAUUGUGCUGCGGCGAAGCUGGUGCGUCUUUGAGGUCUACGUGGCGGUCACGAUGCAAGCGCGCUUUGAGAUGGCCAUGGCGCCCGGCCAGUUGGAGUAUCUUGUCAACGACAUGCUGCGACCGACGGCACUCAACGAUAUGCUGGGCACGAUCAAGAGCGAGGCGUCCGAGACGACGGUGCCAAGUGACCGCGACGGUAUCUUUGAGCUCAUUCGCGCCGAGACGUCGUUCACGGCCGUGGACCGGCUCAUUUUUUCAACCAUUUCGGACUGGAUGAUGCGAACACUGUCAGCGCAGAUCGCGUCGGGUCUCUCACCACUGGACGAAGCGUGGCGGCUUGCGUGUUUGGCCAACAUCCAUGCAGCCGAGUUUGCUUGGUCGGACGUCGUCACGACGGCGGCGCGGGCGUGUGACUUGUUUGAGGCCCAAGAUGUGGACGCACGCUGCUAUGUCGGGGUCAAAGCUCUUUUGGGCCGUGCAUACGCCCAAGUCGGCGAGCCUGACGUCUCGUGGCGACCGCUCUUUGCGGAGCUCCUGGCCAUCGAUGACCUGGACGUCGCCAUGGUUUGUGAGGUCCGCAACAUCUUUGCCAAAGCGCUGGACACCGCCGCGUUCUACGCCGAGGUACGGAACCUCUGUCUCGAGACAUAUGAGAUGGCACGGACGCACCUCGGCCCAAUGCACCCAACAACGAUCGAGACCAUGUCCAAGCUCGGUGCAUCGUGCUUUGAGUUUGCGGACUUUGACGCCUCUGCGGCUUGGUUCACCAAGUGCUUGAACGCGCGGCUGGCGCUGCUCGGUCCGGAUCAUCACGACACGAUGCACUCGCGCAGCUUUCUCGCCUCCAUCUACCAUGUCCAAGGCAAGUGCUCCGACGCGCUCGCGGCCUAUGAAGACAUAGUCGCGUCUCUCGAACGCACGCAUGGCCCGUCUCACUUUCGAACGAUCGAGAGCCUCUUGAACAUCGCCGUGGGACACCGCGCGCUCGGCGCUCUCGAGCAAGCCGAAGCCACUCUGCUGCUGAUUCGAGCGCGGGCGAGUACGCAGCCAUUGUCACCGUGGCACUGCGUCCAGCUGCCGUUCUUACUGGCUGUCGUGUACUGGACCAAACGCAACUACGUGCGCACCAAGUAUUUUCUCGAGAUGACGUUGACGCGCGCCCUCGCAGACCUCCCGCCCGGCCACGGCGAUACGUACGGCGACACAAGCUUGCGAGCGUCCGCGCUGUACCGGUUCCUCUUGGACCCUGUGUUUGCCGCCUACCACCCGAGAAACGACGUUGCGUGGGCUCGUGUGGUCGCCUUCUUCGCCACGAACGAGCGCGAGUCGGAGGUGUGGCAGAACGAAACCUGCAAUGCGUGUCGCCAGCGCCUCCAAGGUCGCUGGAUUGAGUGCAGACGCUGCAUCCGGAGCGGUUAUCACUUUUGCACCGAUUGCUUUCACGACGCUGCGUACCAAGCGUUCUGCGACCAUGCCGCCGCCGACCAUAUCUCGUACGUGCCACCGCGUCGGUUUUUGCUCGAGCAAGCGAUGGUGGCCAGCGACAAUACGAUGGACGUUGCAGGAGCCGCGUGGUGCGAGUACGAUGCGUACUGCACGGCCAACCACGUCCAAGACGCCGAGCGAGCUCCGUAUGCUAGCUUUGCGCCUCUGGAGACGCGAGGUUUUCAUCCGAUGCUCUAGAUUCGCUUCCAAC